AUGGUUAUUUCACAAUUUGUAAAUAGUGAUGCAAACAAGGAUGUCUACUUAAACGGGUGUGACCAUUAUCUAUCUAUCUAUCUAUCUAUCUAUCUAUCUAUCUAUCUAUCUAUCUAUCUAUCUAUCUAUCUAUCUAUCUAUCUAAUUUCACUAAUUUGCCUCGACUGUGGGAUUUGUGAUCACAACUGGUGCAUUUAUUUCAGUCUGUUAAUAUCUAUCUAUCUAUCUAUCUAUCUAUCUAUCUAUCUAUCUAUCCCAGUCUAUUCAUAUCUAUCUAUCUAUCUAUCUAUCUAUCUAUCUAUCUAUCUAUCUAUCUAUCGCAUUUUAUUGAAUCCUUAUUUUCCGGCUUAUGAGACUGAUCGUUUCAUAUCUAUCUAUCUAUCUAUCUAUCUAUCUAUCUAUCUAUCUAUCAGUUUUUUCACAUCUAUCUAUCUAUCUAUGAAAAUAUAUUUCAAAGUGGAGAAAUACCUGCUACCAUCAUCAAUCUAUCUAUCUAUCUAUCUAUCUAUCUAUCUAUCUAUCUAUCUAUAUAUAUUUCUGUCUAUUCAAGUUUCUAUUAUGUCUUUCCCUUUACCAAAUGCCUUGUAA